CGUACGAUCCAAUGCCAUGUGACGCCACUUCCCCGGGAUAGGAGGCGUUGUCCCACGGUUCUGCUGCUCAGGCGUCACUUCUAUGCAGAAACCGGCUAUCCUGCAAAGGGACAUACACUAGACAAAGCCUAUACAUAAAAUCGAACGGUGCAGGUAUAUUUGUGUCUUCGUUCGUGCUAUUAUUAGGGGUUGCUUGUCCAGGAUAUAGGCUACGUUGAAAUAUCAUAUAUAAUAUCAUCGUAGUCUUUUCGUGCACAAAAUGAUCAAGAACGGACAUCACCCAAUGAACACAACAGGGAAAGAUGCAGGGACGAACCUCGGCGCUACAGCUUGCAGCCCGGAGAAGAGAAGACGAACCAUCCGGGUGUGGUGUGACGGGUGCUAUGACAUGGUCCAUUAUGGUCACUCCAACCAGCUGCGGCAGGCCAAGGCCAUGGGAGAUUACCUCAUCGUUGGAGUACACACAGACGGUGAGAUCUCACAGCACAAGGGUCCCCCGGUCUUCACCCAGGAUGAACGAUACAAGAUGGUGAGAGCCAUCAAGUGGGUGGAUGAGAUAGUGGAGGGAGCGCCCUACGUCACCACGCUGGAGACCCUGGACAAGUACACCAGUGACUUCUGUGUGCACGGAGAUGACAUCACACUAACAGUGGAUGGGAAGGACACAUACGAAGAGGUGAAGAGGUCAGGGAGGUACAGGGAGUGCAAGCGAACCCAGGGAGUUUCUACCACAGACCUGGUCGGUCGCAUGCUACUGAUGACCAAAGCCCACCACAGCAACAUAGGCCAUUCAGACUAUCAACAGCACACAGACAACUUUGGCAAGGGUCCUAAGGGCCACAGUCCGUGGACGGGGGUGUCCCAGUUCCUCCAGACGUCUCAGAAGAUUAUCCAGUUUGCCUCAGGACAGGAGCCCCAGCCUGGGGACACCAUCAUCUAUGUGGCUGGAGCCUUCGACCUCUUCCAUAUUGGCCAUGUGGACUUCCUGGAGGCGGUUUCCAGGCUUUCAGACAAGCCAUAUGUUAUAGUGGGGUUACACUUUGACCAGGAGGUGAAUCGCUACAAAGGGAAGAAUUACCCCAUUAUGAACGUCCAUGAGAGAACACUCAGUGUGCUGGCCUGCCGGUAUGUCUCUGAGGUGGUGAUUGGUGCGCCUUAUGCAGUCACGAGAGAGUUACUAGACCACUUCAAGGUGGACCUUGUGUGUCAUGGGAAGACAGAUGUGCAUCCUGACAAAGACGGGUCGGACCCCUAUGCUGAGCCCAGGAAGAAAGGAAUACUGCACACUGUGGACAGUAUGAACAGCCUCACCACUGAUAGUAUUGUUCAGAGGAUCAUCAAAAACAGGCUGCUGUUCGAGGCCAGGAACCAGAAGAAAGAGGCCAAAGAGAUGGCUGUGAUCCAGGCCAUGAAGAGAAGAGAGGAGGAGAAGGGCAAGGAGAGAGCCCAGGCUGUGCUCUAGGACAACAGGCCCGAAGGAGCAAUCCCACCACGAGGAACCAUUGACCACCCUUAGGGUCAAUCUGAGACGGACUAAACCUAACACAUCUAACCCCCACCACCAAUGCAGCGCAGUCAAUCCACCUCAUCUGGGUUCCAACUCCCAACCAACACCCUCCAGGUCACACAGUCUCCUUACCGACAGCCAGACAGCGAGCCUUUGUUUUCAACAUGCAGUAUUCUUACAAUGGGAGUUCUGUUGUAGGUUCGACAUGGUAACAUGUUAGGUAAGGCUGUUUCCUUUGUCUUAACAUCUUAAUACAGGCUGUAUGCAUUUACAUGUUCUUUAUUUCUUAUGGUUUGACAAACCACCUUAACAGUAUAGACCUCUUACUGUCUCCCUUCCUCACUGAGUUAGAACCAGACAGGGAACCAGAAGGCCCAACAUAGUCACUGAGUUAUAACCAGACAGGGAACCAGAAGGCCCAACAUAGUCACUGCUUCUGGUUCCCAGAUAGGGAACCAGAAGGCCCAACAUAGUUACUGAGUUAUAACCAGACAAGGAACCAGAAGGCACUGGGUUAUAGCCAGCCAGACAGGGAACCAGAAGUCCCAGCCUAGUCUUGUGGAACCAGACAGGUGUGUCUAAAUAAAUCUGGCUGUGCAAGUUAACGCCAGACUAAUAUUUGUUUUCUAAAUAAUUAUCAUAACGCAAGUUAUUUUUCUUGUGGUUGAUUGAGCUUUAUUUAAACAGGAGAAUUAUGAAUGAUUCAUUUCUGGGAGAAAUAGUGUGGUUAGGUUGAGUCUGUCAGGCGAGGCUUGGACUUGUUGCUUUGGAGACCCAUCAAACCACCUCUGCUGCUCCUCGCACAGCGAUUGUUGAACAACCAACACAUUGGAUGCAUCCAAAAUGGCACCGUUUUUCCUAUAUAGUGCACUAUGUUUAACAUGGACCUGAUGGUCAACAGUAAUGCAUUAAAUAGGGAAUAGGAAGUCAUUUCAGAUGCAGCCUUUGUCAUUCUCCAAGGGACUGUUGCUGCUGUCAUCGUGGCAAUAGGCUGAUCCCCUCACAACUUACAGUUCUAUCUUAUCUAUCUCUGUAUAUAUGUACUGUAUGUAUGUAUUAUAAAUUAAUAUUAACCAGGAGAACUCUCUGGAAGAUGUUGAAACCACUAGAGGUGUUCAGGGGUGGGUUUGAAAAUGUACCAUCUCUGUGAGAGCCUAUUGGUCGAUUUUACCUUGGGAAAAGCUGAGGUCAUUAAUGAUUCAAGCUUUCUAUCAGAGACUACCCUCAGCUUUCUAUCAGAGACUACCCUCAGCUUUCUAUCAGAGACUACCCUCAGCUUUCUAUCAGAGACUACCCUCAGCUUUCUACCAGAGACUACCCUCAGCUUUCUACCAGAGACUACCCUCAGCUUUCUAUCAGAGACUACCCUCAGCUUUCUAUCAGAGACUACCCUCAGCUUUCUAUCAGAGACUACCCUCAGCUUUCUAUCAGAGACUACCCUCAGCUUUCUAUCAGAGACUACCCUCAGCUUUCGGACAGUUUUAAUCAGUUUCUAGAAGAGAAACGGAAUUGAAUAUUACACUCUUAGAAAAAAGGGUUCCAAAAGGCUUAUUUGGCUGUGCCCGUAGGAGAACCCUUUUGGGUUCCAAGUAGAACCCUUUUUGGUUCCAUUUUGAGUCCAGGUAGAACCGUUUUGUCAACCCAAAAAGUUUCUACCUGGAACCAAAAAGGGUACUUCAAAGGGUUAUCCUAUGGGGACAGCUGAAGAACCUUUUUCGGUUCUAUAUAGCACCUUUUGUGUAGAUGGGCCAACCUAUGGGACCUCAUGUAGAUAAUACUACCAGAACGUAC